AUGGAACCCCCGAAGCUGAGUGGUAGGGCAGCACGGCACGAGCGGCAGAAGCAGCUGAUGGCGAAGGAGGCUGCCGCCCGCGCUGCCAAGCAGAAGGAGGAAGAGGCUGCAGCAGCAGGGAAGGCGGCGGCGGUAGGGGACACGCAAGGAGAGGGAGCAGGCGGGCAGAAGGAGGAGGGGGGCCAAGAGCAGUGCACGGUGGAAGGGGCAGGGCAGCAGCAGCAGCAGGAGCAGCAGCAGGGAGGAGUGGCGGCAGGUAUGGGCGCGGCAGGAGGGGCAGGCGCUAGGGGGGGGGUGGCGGAGAUGACAGGGGUGGGGGUACUGCCAUUACUGCUGAUGGUUUGGAGAGAGGGCAGGGCGGGGGAGAGGGGCGAGCGGGAGGUGGGGAUGCUGGAGGGGCGGAGCAAGAGGGAGGAGAGGCGAGGCGGGUCAGCGGAGGAGAGGGGGGUGAUGGGGAAGGUGGCGUGGAUAGCGAGGGGGGGAGAGCUCAGGGGGCGGCUGGGGAAGGAGAUGGAGGAGGGGAGGGGGGAGGGGCUAGAGCAGGUGGAGGGGGGGGGAAAGCAGCGUCUGGAGGUGAGGAAGGAGAGGGUGGAGGGGAAUCAGAGGGAGGAGGGGAAGGAGGGGGAGCAGGGGGAGAAGGGGGCGCAGGGGGGGGGAGGGGGCGCAGGGGGAGUGGUGCCGAUAGAGUGGGCGAAGCCGGAGGAGAUGGACAGCGAGCGGGCGGACCUGGUGUCGAUGCUCAAGGUGCGCAGAGACGAGGCGGGCGAGCGCGGCAGCGAGGACAGUGGCGUUAAGAGUGGUGGUGGCGGUGAGGCGGUGAAGCACCGGCGGAAGAGGAAGAAGCACAAGGGUGGGGAGGGGCGUGGUGCGGUGGGAGGCGGUGGGAAGGGAGAGGGGGCGAUGAGUGAGGAGGAGAGGGCGAUGGCUGAGGCGAGGAUGGCUGUGAGUAGAGAGAGAGGUGAGGAUGAGGAGGAGGAAGAGGAGGAGGAGGGGGAGGGGGAAGGGGAGGAGGGAGAGGAGGAGGGGGAAGAGGGAGAGGAGGAGGGAGGGGAGGACGAGGAGAAGGGUGGGGGGAAGGGAAAAGGCGGGGAGUGGAGAGCUGAAGGAGAGGGGGGGGAGGAGAGGAGGGGAGGGAGAGAGCAAGAGGAGGCUGGGAGAGGAGGGGAGGGGGGCACAGGGGGGAGGGGCACGAGGAGGAGGGGGGAAUGGCGGAGGAGGGGUAGGGGAAGGAGGAGGAGGGGAAGGCUCAGUGGCAAGGCAGGGCAGGAGGAAGUCAUUCCGAUGGAGCAGGCGGAGGAGCAGCAGAGCAUGGGGGUGGGGGCACGCACGGGGCUGCGGCUGAAGAGCAUGGGGAUCGAGGAGCUGCUGAGCCUGGAGGACGAGGAGGACGACGAGGAGGAGGGCGCAGGGGGAGGACGGGGAGGGGGCGGAGGGGGAGCGGGAGGGGGUACAAUGGGACGAAUGGGCGGGGAAGGGGGUGUAGAGGUGGCUGGGGAGGGGGGUAGGAGCAGUGGUUGGGGGGAAGGGCGAGAAGGCCAGCAGGGGCAGGGGAUAAAGAUGGGAGUAGGGGGGCACGGAGGGGGAGUGGGGGCAGCAGCGAGGGUGGGCAAGGCGGUGUUGGAUGACAUGGAGGGCGAGGAGGUGUGGACGGAGCCACUGCCCACACAGGGGUACAUUCCCCAAGGGCCCUUUGCCAACGCGUUGGAGUGGAGGCAGCGUGUGUUGGCAGGCAACUCGGUCUUCACCCGCUUCAGCCUACAGUGGUUACCACGUUGGCCUGCGCAGGCUGGUGGGCGUGGGGGUGGUCCCGUGGGCCAUGAAAGGCCGUCUCUUUGCCACGCACUGCAGGUUUGCUGGGAAUUCUCAAAGGUGGGCAUGGGGGUGGUGUUUGGCCACGAGGAAGCGCCUGGCCGCCACACACUGCAGGUGAGCGCUGUGGCACACGGGGGGAGGGAGCACAGGGGGAGGGCGCAAAAGGGGAGGGCGUACAGGGUGAGGGCGCACAGAGGAAGGGCUACAUACAGCGGGAGGGCGCACAUGGGGAGGGCGCGCAAGGGGGGGGGCACACAGGUGGAGGGCACACAGGGGGCUCACAAGAACAGGGAAGCCCCUCUGGCCUUCCCCGCAACAACUCCAGGUCUCCCCUUCCCCUUCCACUCGGUGCUGUGCCUGCUCCCAUCGGCGCGCAACGUAUCGAUGCCCGUGCAUCUGCUGCGCGAGGCGGUGGAGUACCAUUGCCUGCUGGGCGCCACCGUGGUGGCGCUGUACGAUUGCGGCGGGUGGCUCGCCGUAGAGCUGCAGGAGCGCUUCCAUGAGGACUUUGAGCGGAGAGUGGUGCGCCGCACAGACUUCAGUGGUGCCAAGCAGUUUGAUCUGGAGAGGAAUGGGCAGCCACCCUUCCACAUCUUUCCCCUGUCACCCCCUUCCACCCCUUUCACCUGCCAUCCCCACCACCCCCCUUCCCGCCUGGCCCCCAACCAGGUGCUAGCGAUGCACGACUGUGUGCAGCGCCACGCCUUCACAGCCCGCUGGGUCAUCCCAGCCGCCAUCAACGAGUUCCUCUUCGUCGGCCUGCCGCCCGCCUCCAUCCCCUCCUUCCUUGAUCCCUUCGCCUACCCCACCACCUCCUCCUCCGAAACCGCCCUCUCAGACCCCCUCGUUGAUUCCGCCGCCACCGCCGCUGCUGCUGCAGUAACCGCAUCUGGAGGCUCGGCGGCCGCGGCCGCCGAAGCUGCGGCGUACGUGCGGGCGGUGCCGUGGGUGAGCGUGGGCAGCCAGUGGAAGUCGACGCGGCUGUGCGCGCUACCGUUCCGCGUGCCCGAGGGCGAGGCGUUCUCGAUGGAGCGCAUGGUGUUCCGCUGGCCGUACCCCGUCUGCCACGACCGCAUUCGCUUCCCCGACCCCCACCUCUGCCCCGGGGAGGCUGGCUUCCGCCGCCUCAUCAUGAAUCCACGCAAGGUGCGAUGGGGUGGGGGGGAGGUGAGGGAAGGGGGGGGACAUGGGUGGUAG